CUGAGAUACGCGAAUCGCGACGUAAGAAACGCUCUGAUAGGAGCCAAGGCUUUCUGCCAAGAGUUCUUCCUCAUCUUGACGCAAUACUUUUUGCACGUACAAUUUCCCUUGUUUGUCAAAGAAGAUGAAAACAUUAGACAACAGUUCAGUGCAGCGUUUUGACGAUAAAUUUACACAUAUCAGAACGAAGGAACACAGCCGUUCUCUAUCAGGGUCUCGCUUCACUGUCGACCAUUUUCAAGUUCUCAUCUACGCUGCACGCCCGCAACUCAUUUGCAAUCAUCAUGGCCAACUCAAAGGACAGUAACGCAGCACGUACCACCGUGGUAUCGAGCCGAAAUUCUAGCCUCCGCAGCGGGUUCCAUCUUCGUAUCGCUUGUCUUGUGGCUGCUGAGGCGUUUGUUUGGCUCUGCCUCUACCUCUACUUUGGCCGAGACGGUUCACCACCUACAUUUGAUUUUUGGUGGUGGCUCAUAAUCCAAGGCUUUGCAUUUGGCACUGCAGAUAUCAUGCAAUUGUAUAUCUCGAGAAGGUCAUAAAUAAAAGGGCUGAGAUAUUGAGUUUCGGAAAUCCAGAAGAUUUAGUAAAUGUGUUCAUGCGUUGCAUACGUGGACCGUAUCGUAUUGGAUUUCCGGUAUUACUAUAGGGUUGUCAUUACGGAC